UCUCGCAGCCAGACGGUGGUGCGCAGCCACGCCGUGCCCGGGCCUGCCCUGGGCGGCGCCGAGGCCCCCACCCCGCCCCACCGGCUCCCCUGCCCCACCCCUGGUCGCGGGAAACUCAAACUGUGUCCUAGUCCCACGGACCACGGACACUCAGACUCUCCCUGGCCACAGCCUAGCCCAUCCGCUGGCCAUGGGCGGCUCCAGCCUGGCUUGCCCCGAGCCCUGUGUGGACCAAGCCCAGGUGGACACUCCAAGGAGCCCCACAGGGCUCGAGCUUGUGGGGGACUUGAGAGGAAGGCCCUGGCCCCAGCGUGGUGGCCUGUGGCGAGGGCCUGGCGGCAGUGCCGGAAGCGGAGACAGGGCCCCCAGCCUGCUUUCCUGCGCCAUGCCAGAUGGCUGGAGGCUGGGGGCCAGGCAAGGGGCCUCCCACGACCAUCCUGGGUGGGGGUCCCGGGGCUGGGGGGUGCAAGGCCAGCCCCCCCCAGGCUUCCUGUCUGGAAGGCAGACUCCAAAGGCCCCCUCCCGAGCGUUUCCCCAGCCCGGGGCUGGGUGCUGACUCACAGCGACGCCCAGGGUCCUGCCCAGCCGCCAGCUCUGCCACACUGGCUGGACGGGUUCGCCUGGUCCAGCCCUGCCCGGCGCACACCCCCUCCUGCCCAGACCUUGCCCCAGAGGCCUCAGGAGAAGGUGGACAGACGCCUCCCAGGACAGCACUGAGUUGGACACACGGAAGCAGGAGGCACCUGGGGUGGGGGUGGCACAGGGCAGCCCGGAGAGAGGCAUCAGCCGCCCAGGAAUACGAGUCAGCAAGUGAGGGCGCCUGUGCCCGGCGAGAGCCCCCCGGCCGCUGCAGAGCCCACCGCCGAGGACCGCGCGGCCAUGGUCAUCCAGGGCGCCCUGCGGCAGCACCUGGCGAGGAGGGAGCUGGCCCGGCGCAAGCGGCAGCGCCAGGAGUACGAGGAGCGGAUGGAGAAGCUGCAGAGGGAGGCCUUCGUUGCGGCGGUGCUGCGGGAGCAGGCGGCGGCUCGGCGGCGGCGCGAGCAGGAGGAAGCGGCGCAGCGCGAGCGGCGGGAGGAGCUGCAGCGCCGCGGCCGCCUGCUGGACGCCGCCUUCGACGGGGACGUGGGGGAGAUGCGCGCGGUGCUGGAGGAGGUGGAGCAGCUGCUGACUCGCGAGGGCGUGGGCCACGACGAGGAGGGCGCGGCGCGGCGGCUGCAGCGGCGCGUGGCGCUCGUGGAGUGCGAGGACCGCCACGGGAACACGCCGCUGUCCGAGGCGGCCGCGGGCGGGCAGCCGCGGGCCAUCCAGCUGCUGGCUGAGCUGGGCGCCAACCCCAACAGCAAGGUGCGUGCGGGGAGCCGGGCCGGGCCGCGCGGCCGGGGCCUCGCUCACCAGCCAUUCCCGCAGGGCGCCUUCGGCCGGACGCCGCUGUACCGCGCGGCCUUCGGGGGGCACCUGGAGGCCGUGCAGCUGCUGCUGCGGCUCGGCGCAGACCCGCGGGUGCACGCGGACGACGGCAGCACCCCCGAGCAGGUGACCUCUCUGGAGCCCGUGGCCGGCGUGCUGCGCUCCUGGGAUCUGAGCCUCACGGAAGCCAUGCUGCAGAACAUGGACGCCGAACACCAGCGCCGGGCGCGCGAGACCCAGACGCAGCAGCAGGCGGAGGCCACGCGCAUGGCCCUCCAGGUGCAGCGGCUGGCCCAGGAGCAGCAGCGCUGUCACAAGGAGCUGCAGCAGGCCUACUGCGAACUCAGCCGGAGGAUCGCCGAGCUCGACGCGUGCGAACGCCGGCGCGCGGUCAGCACGGAGCCCUCGGCACAGGCCGUCAAGGACGCCGAGGCGCGCGUGGACAGGCUGCGGCAGCAGGCUCAGACGGCCGAGGAGACGCUGGCGCUGGCCAGGCUGGAGCUUCGGGAGCAGGCCCAGGAGGGUGGGCGGGGUCAGCCCUGGCCGCGGGGAGGCGAGGCCCGGGGCGGGCUUGGCGCGGGGGCCGCUAGCUGUCCCCGACCCCCUAGACGAGGCGAUGGCGCCCGGGCUGCGGUGCCAGAUCACCGAGCUGCACGACGUGCUGCUGAAAGACGUGGGCGACCGCAUCAGCGCCGACGGCCGGUGGCCUCUCGUCAUCGACCCCUCGGGCCAGGCGGCCACCUUCCUGCGCUACCAGGACACCAACUACCUGGACACGGUGAACCCCGAGCACCUGCGCCCGGAGAGGAUCCGCCUGGCGCUGCUGGGGGCGCUCAGGUGAGGCGCGGGGCCGGCGGGCGUGGCGCCCAGGGGAGGCGGGGCGGCCCUGCCCACGCCCCGCCCCGCCCCGCCCGGCCCCGCAGGUACGGGAAGCCGCUGGUCUUCGACCUGCGCGAGCUGGACCUGUUUGCGGCCGUGCUGCGGCAGCUGGACGCGGUGCAGCCGGGCCUGGCGCAAGCGCUGCUGAGCCGCGGGCUGCUGGAGCAGGAGCGCUACCUGUCGCUGCGGCGCCCCGCCGACGGCCCCGAGUACAGCCCCGCGCGGUUCCAGGAGGCGCGCCUGCACCGCUUCCGCCUCCUCUUCGUCACGCGCGCCCGCUGGCCGCCGGCCGAGCAGCUGCAGGCGCUGCUCCCGGUGCGAGUGCAGCCGCCCCGGGGCCUCGAACAAGCCCCAGCCCCGCCAGCCCCACCCUGCAGAGCGGCGGACGGAGGCGCGGGGGCUAAAACGUAGUCAACUUUAUUCUCCUUAAACCACAAAAUAGAGUCUUUGGUUGUACAAA